UUUUUUUUAAUGUGUAUUGCGAUUCAUUGCGAUCCCUCACGUCGGGGUCUAGAGACGCAUACCACCCAUGUUAUAUUCCGUCAUGUAGCUUACCUAUAGUGCGCUUAUACACACGACAAUCCUACAUCCAGCAAAUCUGCAAAAUGUCCUUGUCGAACCAACUUAAUGCCUGUCUGGCGAUGCCGCCCUCUCUGCGACUCGCUGUGAUCGGGGGUCCCCCGCGAAUACGACCAAGUCGGAUCAACCUUGCUUUGAAGGUUUAUAGAUCUACCGCCGCUUGGAAUUACGAUGAAGCCGCUGCUUUCCAUAUCCCCGAGUCUCGACAAGGUCGCGUCGACAAUGUCUCGCUCGAGACGCUUUGCAAAACAUCCCAUAUGCGAUCAACUCCCGAUGAGCCUCUCCUCUCCGGACUAAGUACCCUCUUUACUAGGAAUCCGGCAACGUUCCAAUAUGGAGAGACAGAUUUCUACAAGCUCAAGAAAAAUACCCUCAUCCCCGAAGUCUGUGUCCUCGGCCGAUCGAACGUUGGCAAAUCGUCUUUCGUCAAUGCUCUUGCUGGCCGAAGUCAACGAAGCCAAAACUCGCUGGCACGUAUUAGCAAGCACGCUGGAAAAACUAGAGAGAUGAACACAUAUGGAUUUGGACCAGCGCCGCUGCCGAAAGAUAUUGCCGCGUGGGCUGCCGAAAUUAAAGGAAAAGAGGAUAUCCCAACUCACACCUUUUACCUUGUGGAUAUGCCCGGAUACGGACACGCAUCCUUGGAAGACUGGGGACGUAAUAUCACACUAUACCUAACUAAGAGGAUAGGCGUAAAAGGAGCCAUCAUCUUGAUCGAUGCCGAAGUUGGGCCCAAGGAGCUGGAUUUGCAGUGUUUGCAAUUAUUGAGCUCUGCCAAUAUGAGAACCUCCAUCGUUCUCACUAAAGCUGAUAAGGUUAAAGGUGGCCUACCCGCCUUGGGUGAUUUAUGUGCCAAGUUACGGGACAACAUUCUCGAGAUUGAAAAUUCACAAGAGAAUUAUAAUUGGAAUUUGGAUAGAGACGUUUUUGUCACUGCCCUUGGCGCGAGAGACGCUGCUGUCAUACAUUCGACAGCAUCGCAUGCGAGAUUUGCUGUAGCUCGUUUAGCAGGCUUGAUAGAAACCAACCGACCGAACUCAGAAGAGAACAAGAAGUGGUCUGGCAAGGUUAUCUCGUUUGAAGACUUGCAGUAUGCGCCAAAGGAUUCCUUACCCAAGAAAGUAGACACCUCUGAAUCUGCUAAAUUAGAAUGGGCUGCGGGCAGGGGGCACGAGGCUCGUUAUGGAAUCAUCCCAGGUGUUUUUAGCUCCUUACAUUCAAGGAUUAUCACCCAACCCCAGGCUCGAAACUUCCACAGUAACAGCCAUAGGAUGAAAAACCCAGGCCCGCAGGAUUCACAGGAGAUGGUUGACAUCCUAGACGACUUCAUAAGAAAACUUAAGGCCAAUAACACAACUAGUAGCUUUGUUCGAAACGUGCGGCGGAGGAAGGAUAAGCGUCUACCCCCUGAGCCCGAAAAACGCAACAUCCUCGGCAGACAGGAGGAAAAACUGCAGAAGGCCCUGAGCAAGCGCUUCACCGAGGAUGUGGCUAGGUCACAAAAGAUACGCGAGCAGAGGUUGACGGGGGAAGAAGAAUGGCCCACCGACUUUCCUUCGUCGCGGGGCAAGAGUGGGAAACAGAAAAAUGAGGUUAUGACUCCAGACGCGUUUAAGGCUCUAGUGACGCAAUCGGCGUGGGAAGACACCCCGUCACCAUCUUCAGGAAAAACCAAUAAGAAGAAAAAAGGCCAGAAUAAAUCUGGUAAGAAACAAACGAAGCAAAAAGAAAAAGAGGUAGUGAUGGAUGAGUUUGAUGCCAAAUUUGCCAAAGCAUUUACGGGAAAAUUCUAGGUGGGGAUGAUGUUGGUGUUCUAGUAUAAAGGGCCAACGCCUGGGCUGGCUUCGGACUCGGGUAUAGCGACAUAUCAUAUGGGCAACCUACCUUGAAUAGAUACCUGUCGUGAGUCUAACACGAUGGCUGUACAUGAUGUACUCUACUAUGGUCACACGCAUAUAGGUAGCAUAAGGACAUAUUGAACACAACUCUUGAUUCUAUUCAACCA